AUGUCAGAGCCGAGCUCCGCUCAGCAAGCUGUUCGGCAACAGGAAGAUGUAAUGCUGGAAAUGGAAACAAUAAUAACCGAAGAUGAGCUUCUAGGGGGUAUGCCGGCAGGUGUAGAUGUUGAGGUAGAGGUCGAAGUUGACCAGCAGAAUAAUCCAAGUCGAGGAGAAGUGAGACGAGGGGAGCGUGAAACUGAGCGGACUAUUGAAACUAGACAAACAUCGCGUAAUAACAGUGGUCCUGUAAUUAAGGGUGAGCCUACACGUGUCGAAAGAGACCCUGGACCGUCUUUACAACAGCAAACAGCUGAUGGCGACGGGAGUGGGAAGAAAGCUUGUCUGACAACAAAUAAGUUUGUACCAGUGACAUCGGGAGGUCCAAUACCUCGUGAUGCUAAAGUUGUGGUGUUAAUGAAGUCAAAUACACCUGGUGAGAAACCAACUUUUGUCAAAUUGGAACCUGUCACCCCGCCUGUGAUUCGUACCGUCCCAGCGGAAUUUAGCCGAGCUGUUGCAAUGGCACGAAGAAAAGAUCGCAUCAACAACACUCCACCACCAGAAAAACCAACUCGGAAACGACGCAUUAUCCCUCCAAUCACCAAAAAAGACAAAGAAGCUAAAAAACCGAUGGGUCGACGCGGUAGGCCACCAAAGGAAAAUGAGGAAAUAGCAACACCCACUCGAGCUUCGAAGCCGAAGAUGGUAAAAACUGAACCGGUUGAAGCAUCACUUGAACCAGAAAGCAGUGGAAGGCCGAAAAGAACUCAUAGGACACCGAAAAGGUAUGGUGACUUUUACGAGCCUCCAGUUGGAUAUUCAGAAGUUCAUCAAAGCUCAGCAGAACCUGGUCCGGAAAUCGUGGAAGAAAAUCCCGGCAAUAAUGUCGGCUCUCAGGAGGGUAGCUUUGCAACUGAACAAGCGCAGGAGAAUGAAGAGUCGAGCAAAAAGGCGAGAAUUACUGCUGACGUGGUUAAUGAAGAUGAUUAUGAUCCUGAUGAAGAUGAGGAAGACGAAGAAAUCCCUGAGCCGGUUGAUGUCGACGGAGUUGAUGAAGGAGAAGCGGGUGCACCGCAAGAUGUGCAUUUGGAAGGCAAAGAAUAUGAAGAUUUCGUGAACAAGGAAAUAUCCAAGGGGAAGCUACAAUGCGAACGAUGUCAUCGGUUCUUUGCAAACCAUAAUAGUAUGAAUGCUCAUCGCUUCAAAGUUCAUCGAAUUGUUAUUAGGGCAUCAGUAAAGUGUCCUGGUUGUGAACAUCGAGCAACUACAAUUCACACUUUGAACGAACAUGUCGCGGAGGUGCAUGGAGUAAAGCUUCAGUACAUAAGACGUCGUUUUGCCACAACUACUGAUUUUCAGAAUUACCUUGAUCAUCUAGCUGCCACUGAGAACAUGGCAUUUGUUCGUCAUCGUAAGUCGGAGAGUAAACGGCAGUUGUACUGUAACCGGUCUGGUGCCAAAAGGAUUACUAAGGAUCCUCAUAUUCGCAACAGGCCAAGGAAAGGAACUGCAAAAAUUGGAGCCAUGUGUCCUGCACAUAUGUUUUAUACUGAGUGUGAUGAUGGUUCCAUUGAGGUGAAUGGCCAGCUGACGCACUUUGGGCAUACACUUGAUCCACGAUACGUUUUCCCCGUCACGAGUGCUGAGAAAGCCACAGCUAGACUGAAGCCUAGUUCUGCGAAGAAGUACUCAUUUUUGAAAAAUUUUAAACUUUCUAUAAAAAGGCAGCUUUGGGUUCUAUGUACGGUUGCGUCCCUGUUGAUCUUCAAGGUAUUUACUCAAUUGCCCAUUUAUUUACUGUUUUAUACAUUCUCUUCUGGAACGUUUCCACUUUUUUUAAAACUGUUCCGUUUUGUUGUAGUUAACAAGAAGCCUGCUGAUGAAGAAACAUUCAUUAACGUUGAUGACACUGAUUCACGAAGGGAUGAAGAAAUGGUAAUAAGUGAAACACAGGAAGACGAUGAAUACUUGCGAAUGGAGGAGGAAGCUCGAUUAGAGGAGGAAUUAGGACCAGUACAUCCGAAGGCAGAAGAGAUUGAUAUUCGUAUGAAAAACAUAGAUCGGCUUUGUUCUUUUCUGUUUGAUAAUGUAUCUGAACAGCUGUAUCGUCUGGAUGACACUACAAUGGAUGUUUUGUUAAGAUCGCUCAGGACGACCCAAAAUUCAAUUUCAAAUUUAAGUAGUAUGAUGAUUCAAAUAAAGGAAGGUGAUCCAAAUGUUAUUCAAAAGUUUCAAAGAAGGGGUCCUCGUUAUGGGGGAUGGAAUAGCUCGCGAGUGUCAGGAGGAAGGUCUCGGAAAGACGGGUAUCAAGCAGCAAGAAGACGUCAAAGGCAACUUUAUGAUACCGAAGAUUACGACGAAGACACCGUAUAUUACAGGCACGUUCCUUUGCGAACAACUUCUGACAUAGAGAAUGUUUAUCUUGUAGAUGAUCCCGAUGAGUAUUAUGAAGCAGAAGAGUAUUAG